AUGUUUGAGAUAUUGGCCAUCACUUCCACUACUGCUUUUUCAAAUCGCGCUGUGUCUGCUAUUACUGAACUCAAUACUACUAGCAUUGGUGAAAGUAUAUGUGUUACUGACAACAUUAAUGAAGCUGACAGCAUUGAUGGUGACACUGCUGACAUUGAUAAUGCUAAUGACAAUGUCAAUGCUGAUGAAAUUGAUGAUACUGGUGAUACUGUCGUCAACGAUGUCACUGAAGGUCGCGAUGAUGAGCUAUCAAACAUUGAGUUUAAGAAAGCAACAGCACUCAACAAUUUAGCGAAGUAUCAACAAAACAAAAACAUCAAGAUUAACAGCUGCAUCCUCAACCAUAUUAAUUUAAUGACUGGCGCUACCGAUAAAGUGAUUUUAUACUAUGACUCUGUCGGAGGACACAGCUAUCUUGCUCAGUUGUUUGAGUGUGGAGGCAUUUAUGUAUGCCAAAAGUUACAAUCGAUUACUAUCCCUAGAAAUAUGCUUGAAUUAGAGAUAUUUCGAUUGUUACUGAAGCAUAUGUUCAUUUGGAAAGCACACAUGAUCAACCUUGGCAACAACAUCAUCCAAUUCCGGCUUGCAGACGUUAGCGGUACGACUAGCCCUCCUUGUUCCCCAUCUCCUAAUGUUCAGGCAGCUAAGGUGUACUUGUCGCCUUCUAAUGCAAACAAGAGAACCCGUUCUACGUUUGAGGAAGAUCGAGAGUGA